AUGUCUGUGGAUCGUUCGACUCCCCCUUCACGCCAGAAUACAGAAAACUCAACAUCAUAUGCAAAGAAAUCAAUUAUUUCGGAAUUAGAUUCGCUCAACUUACGACUGGGUCGUCUGAAGGACGAAAUUCUUCCCGCAUCCCCCUAUCUCCUCGCUGUUCCAACAGACAUCCCUUUCCAUAUUGGGAACCGGUUUGUCAACAAUUGGGCAGUGGGGAAGAACGGUCCAUUUGCUCCUGAGGAGCAACAACUUCAAUACAUGACAUUUUUGAUGCACCACGAGGCAGAUUCCUUACUUGUUGCAGUGGGAGACUGGUCAGAUAAAGGUGGAAAUAUCAUGGCGGAAGAUGAUUCCAAGGCUCGAAGCAUGGCCAGUGCGGCCAAUACCGUCCAGAAUGUUUCGACUAAGAAGAAGAUCAGCUUAAGUGACUAUAAGACCAAAGCGAAAGGCGGAAGUUAUUCGUCUUCGAUUGCGAGUCAGGAAGGGAAAAAUGAGACUCAGUCUAGCGAGGAAGCAGGCAAUAAAAGCCAGGACAUCUCGAAAUUGCAAUCCACAGAUCGGAAAGUCACAGAGAAAAAACACGGUCAUCUUCCCACCGAACCUGGGGUGGUAAAUGGGGCCUCUGAAGAGCAGCCGAGGAUAGAAUCAACUGAGAAAACCAGGAAGCCACGACAGGCAGAGCAUUCGAAUUUUCCUUCUCCAAAGCGACCCAGACUUUCUCCUCCGAAAUCCACGAUCAAGGAACUCCCGCGCUCUGACAGCACAAACAAUGGUCUCCCAGCUCUUCUCUCGCCGACACUUCCACCGAGUUCUACCAGCCCCAGGCUUCCCGAACUCCUCUCGCCCACGCUACCUCCUGACAUUGAAGAAGAAUUGGCCCGAUUUAGAGAAGAGUCUCCGAUUAAAGGUUCGUCCCACAGGCGAGAUUUUUCAACAAAUUCCGUUGCAACGAAAGAUGAAACACCAAAUAUCAAGUUCUCACAGCAUAAGCGGCCACAUUCGGAGUCCGUUUCGAGCGCAAGUACUCAGAGCACGAACGCCAAGAAGGGAGAACAAGCGAACAAAAUCUCGUCCCAUGGUUCUUCGGGGCGAUCAGAUUCAGCGUCUAGGGAUCAUUUCAAAAAUGACAGUAUAUUGCGCCCUGCUGAAAAACAGUCAACGUUGUUGUCAUCCGGAGUCCCAGCAAAGACGAAUGUGUCGUUCACUAAUGACCAUUACAAUGUUGAAAGUGCGAGCUCCAAGUCAAAACUCAUAGUCAGACUGAAGUAUGGGAGAGCAAAUAGAAAACGUGUGGAGGCUCUACUCAAGUUCUCCGGUAAACGGAAAAUUCUUGCGGACAGUGUGUCUUCGAAGCUGCCGAGAGAUCGCAGAGCCAUGGUGAGCCAAAGCGAGGAAGGUCAGCUUAGCUCUCAUGAAAUAGAUUCGCAUCAUUCGACAAGUAAAACUCCAGAGAAAAGACCAAGAGCUCCGGAAAAUGAUGAUAUACAUGAGCCUUCAAGCAAACGUCCAAAGGCGGUGAUGAAGACGACCGUUUCAGACAAACCACGUACGCCAGUUUCGGCGACGUCGUCAACCCAGGAACAACAGUCUGGCAUGGCAAAAUCAUUAUUUUCAACUCCAAAAAGGGAAUCCAAGGGAAGUGCUGCACACCGACCCGAAUCCGGUGACGGCGAAGUGAAAACCCCGUUGGGAUCAGCCAGUAAGGCUACAACUGGUAGCGUAGAGAAGCCCACAAAACUCUCUCCGCCGCCCUCGUCUGACGGCCAAGCAAGCCGGUCGCGAGAAAGUGAACGACGAGCAUGGCGUGAGGAAUUCCAAAAAUACGCAGCCCUCGGCCGCGAGUUGAAACAUGAGGCAGAUCGACAUACCAGAUCGAAAGCAGCAAACGGGAAUGUCACUGCCGCAGACGAAAAGCUAGCAGCAGCAACUGCUGUCGAGGCUAUUCUUUGUUUCAUUCUUGCCUUUAUUGCUGAUGACCGGUCUAAAGCUUUGGCACGACAGGUUGGUGAUUCGUCGACAUGGCGUUCAAUCCUGGCGUAUUGGCGUGUGGUAAAAAUGACCACAGCUUCGUACCCGCAUCUUCAUGGCCUUUGUCUCCUUCUCGGUGCCAUUUCUCACGAUACUAUUCAUGCUCUCGACCUUGAACGUCUGGCUGUCUGUUCACUUCCUGGUGAACAUAGCCCAGUGCCGACUCCAGGAAGCGAUGGAAAUACUGUUACAUCAGACGAGAGCAAAAGACAUAGGAAAGAAUUUCUGGAAUUAAAGUCACGGCUUCCCGAGUAUUACAAGGAGGCUCAUCGUCUUUGGCUAGAGGGAGGUCGUGAGCUCUCAGAAGAUGUUAUCAUGCAAGAGUUCCCUGCAACCUGGUCAAAACGUUCACGAAAUUACUCUGAGCGAGGACGAGAGCGGCUGAGCGUCGGUAACUAUUCCGGUGACUUCUUCCUUCCGUUGGGAAGGACAACCACUCCUCUGGAAGCUGUUCGAUUUGGUGUGUCGAUUUUGGGCGAAUGGUGCAGAAGGGAAGGGUUGGAGUUUCAGGCUCGACAAGUCAAUGAUGGCAGGUGUUCUUCCUAUAGAGUAGGGGGCUCAGAACUUGCUAAGAGACCUUUAGCAUCAGGCACGGAGGAGAAUCAAUGUCUAAGGCCGGAUGCCAUCAUGACAAAGACAUCAAAGACCAGAAUAGACACGUAG